AUGCCGGGCCCGUCGCCCGGCGGCUCCCCGGAGAGGGAAGCAGGGGCCGGCGGGCGACGGCGGGUGCGGUUCCGGCUGCCUCACACCACCAUCGCGGUGCCGUCGGUGCGCGAGGAGGAGCAGCUCUUCUACCGGCGGCUGGAGGCUCUGGCAGUGCCGGGGCCCGGCGGCUUCGGGCCGCUCUUCGCUUCCGACGGUUGGAGCGACUUGACGGAGGACCGGCUGCUGCGGAAGCGCGUGGUGCGGGCCGGGCCGGGCGGGCCGCGGCCGUUGCCGGGCCAGGAGGUGUCGGUGAAGGUGCUGGGCGCCCUGGAGGACGGCGGGCUGGUGGAGAGGGACCCGCGGCUCAUCUUCGUGCCGGGUCACGGGGACGUCGUGCAGGCUCUGGAGCUGGGCGUCCCCACCAUGCAGCCCGGGGAGGUUUCCUUCUUCCUCGCCGCUUUCCCCUACGCCUACGGCCGCCCGGGCAGGGAGCCCGACGUGCCGCCCGAGGCGCCGCUGCUGUUCGAGGUGACGCUCCUGGAGGUGCGGGACGGCCCCGACCCGCAGCCGCUGCCGCCCGCCGUCCGCCUGCGCCUGGGCUCGCAGCGCCGGGAGCGGGGCAACUUCCACUUCGCGCGGGGUGACUUCGCCGCGGCGCUGCGGUCGUACCGGCUGUCCCUGCGCGCCCUGGACGGCCCCACCGCCGCUCCGCCCGGGCCCGAGGAGGAAGAGGAGCUGCGGGAGCAGCGCGUAAAGUGCCUCAACAACUGCGCGGCUGCCGAGCUGAAGCUGGGGCAGGCGGAGGAGGCGCUGGCUGCCUGCGAGGCGGCCCUGCGGAUCUGCCCCGACAACGGUCGGGCGUUGCUGCGGCGCGGGCAGCUGCUGGCAGAGCAGGGCCGGGACGCAGAGGCGGCGCUCGUCCUGAAGAGAGCCCUGGAGCUGGACCCGGCCAGCAAGGUGAUCCACACCGAGCUCUCACGGCUGGCGAAGCGCCAGAGUCCUCCAUCCAGCACCAGCCCGCAGAAUCCCCGCCACGACCCGAUGCCGCCGCCGAGCCCCGUAGCCCCCGCACCGCCCUCGGCGGAAGGAGCGAUCUGAGCGGCUCCGCAGCGCCCCAGAGCCUGACCGAGGACAUAGAGGAGCUCUCAUACCAUCCUCCCCCCAUCGCCCCAUACUCCCUGGGGCGGGGAGGGCUGCGGGAGGGGCGGGACGGCGCCCGCUCCCCGUUCCGCACCGCCCGCCCCGCACCGCUCUCUCCGCGGGCGGCGCUUCCGCACGCCUCGUGACGUCACGGCGGGGGGGCGGUUCCUCCUCGCCCGCAUCCUCUCGCGCGGAGGCGGCUGCGGCGCGUGCGCCCAACCUUCCGCCUUUUUCGCCCCCGCCGGCAGAAGGGAGGCCAUAGCCUGCGGCCAAUCAGGCGGGGCCUUGCCGGAGAGACGCGCCAAUGGGAGUGCAGCGGGGGGUGGAUCGGCGCAGUGAUUGGCUGCGGCA